ACAAAACACAUCAGACCAGCCCAAGCAUGGAUGUGACGACCGCGUUAUCAUUCCCUCUGAGCGCAAGCUCCUUGCUGGCCUCUGUGCUGCUCCUCCUCGCCGCCUAUGUGGCCUGCCGGUCGGCCUCCAGUCGGCCGAAUCUCCGUCGUGCAUCGGAGCCUCCGGGGCCCAGGCCGCUACCCUUGCUCGGGAAUCUGCUGCAGCUGAACUUGCGCGCACCGCAUCGGACCCUCUUGAAGAUGUCCAAGAAGUAUGGCCCAGUGUUCACCUUCCACAUGGGUCCCAAGAAGGUGGUGGUCCUGGCUGGAUACCAGACGGUGAAGGAGGCCCUGGUCCAGCACGCUGAAGAAUUUGGCGAACGGGAACCUUUUAACACUGUGAAGGAGGCCAAGCUGGAGCAUGGCGUCGUUUGGAACAAUGGCGACUCGUGGAAGGAGAUGCGUCGCUUCACUUUGAGCAACCUGAAAGACUUUGGGAUGGGAAAAAAAGCGUGCGAGGACAAGAUCAUUGAGGAAUCUCAGCACCUCUUGGAAGUCUUCAGGAACUUCAGAGGUGAAGCAUUCGAUACCCAGCAGGCGGUCAACUACGCCGUGUCCAACAUCAUCUGCUCGCUGGUGUUUGGCAGCAGAUUCCAAUAUGAUGACCCCGCUUUCAGGGCCAUGGUUUGGCGCACGGGCAGAGGCAUUCAGAUAGUGAGCGGUCCAACCUUACAGUUGUACAACAUGUAUCCGUGGCUGGGCAAGUGGAUCUCCUGGGCUAGAGAGGAGCUACGCCAAAUGGGGAUGGCCAACAGAAAGCAGGCCACUGAACUGAUCCGGAGUCUGAAGGACACGCUGGAUCCGCGGAGCAGCCGAGGCUUCGUGGACGCCUUUCUCAUCCGCCAGCAACAGUUGGAGUCUUCUCUCUGCAGCUCCGUGCUGGCCUCUGUGCUGCUCGUCCUCGCCGCCUAUGCUGCCUGGCGGUCGGCCUCCAGUCGACCGGAUCCCCGGGGUGCCUUGGAGCCACCUGGGCCCAGGCCGCUACCUCUGCUCGGUAAUCUGCUGCACCUGAAUUUGCGCGGACCGCAUCUAACCCUCUUGGAGAUGUCCAAGAAGUACGGCCCGGUGUUCACCUUCCACAUGGGGCCCAAGAAGGUGGUGGUCCUGGCCGGAUACCAGACAGUGAAGGAGGCCCUGGUCCAGCACGCUGAAGAAUUUGGCGAGCGGGAACCUUUUAACACCGUGAAGGAGGCCAAGCUGGAGCACGGCGUCAUAAUGACCAAUGGCGACACGUGGAAGGAGAUGCGUCGCUUCGCUCUGAGUAAUUUGAAAGACUUCGGGAUGGGGAAGAAAGCUUGUGAGGACAAGAUUGUCCAAGAGUGUCAGCACCUCCUGGAAGUCUUCAGGAAUUUCAAAGACGAAGCGUUUGACAACCAUUGGCCUAUCGACUAUGCGGUGUCCAACAUCAUCUGCUCGCUGGUGUUCGGCAGCAGGUUCCGCUACGAUGACCCCGCCUUCAUGGCCAUGGUGCGGCGCCACAGCAGAACCGUUCAGAUAGUGGGCAGUCCAUCCUUUCAGUUGUACAACAUGUACCCGUGGCUGGCCAAGUGGGUCUCUUCGGCGAGAGAGGAGCUUCGCCGAGUGGCGACGGCCAACAGGAAGCAGGCCGCCGAACUGAUCAGGGGUCUGAAGGACACGCUGGACCCGCACAACAGCCGAGGCUUUGUGGACGCCUUCCUCAUCCGUCAGCGACAAUUGGAGGACUCUGGCGAUGUGGGUCACUUCCACGAUUCCAACCUCUUGAUGACGGUCGCCAACCUGUUCGGCACCGGCACGGGAACGACCUCCACCACGCUCCGAUGGGCGCUACUCUUCAUGGCCAAGUACCCCCACAUACAAGAAAAGGUCCAGGAGGAGCUGAAGCGUGUCAUCGGAGAUCGGCAGGUCCAGGUGGAGGACCGAAAGAACUUGCCCUUUACCGACGCCGUCAUCCACGAGACGCAGCGACUGGCCGACAUCACGCCUAUGGCGCUGCCUCACCGGACCAGCCGGGACGUCACCUUCCGGGGCUUUUUCAUCCAAAAGUGGACGACGGUGCACCCCCUCCUGACGUCAGUCCUUCAGGAUGAGAGCCAAUGGGAGAAACCCACCUCCUUCCAUCCUCAGCAUUUCCUGGACCGGGACGGAAAGUUUGUCAAGCCUGAUGCAUUCAUGCCCUUUUCUGCGGGUCGCAGGGCGUGUCUGGGCGAGAGUCUGGCACUCAUGGAGCUCUUCAUCUUCUUCGUCACGCUCCUGCAGCACUUCCGCUUUCGGCCUCCGGCAGGGAUACCGGAGAACCGACUGGACCUGACGCCCCGCGUGGGCUUCACGCUCGCCCCCGCCCCCCAUCGGCUUCGCGCCAUUAGCCGGCUGACCGGCUAACGUUGUGUCGGCUCCGUCUGUGUAACAUAUUUAUGUCACACUGCUGUUGCCAUAGUGUGCACUUCCUGUGGGUGUGGUAUGACAGUACAAAAGGAAUCUCUGUGAUGUGUCAGGGGGACAUAUGCUGAGAAGCACGCUGAAUAAAGAAGUGUUGUUCCAUUCAAGUCUCGGCCUGACAUGUACUUAGAUUAAGAUUUCUGUUCAAUCUGGUUGUUUGCUGUGGGUGAGGAGAGUGAUUGUGCCACAGCCACUGUGUGCUAAAAUGCUUGCGCAGUUGCAUGCAGGUCACAGUGGUAUUUUUAAAAUGAAAGAAAUGGCGAGAAGUUAUUUUUGGUGGCCAGCAUUAGAUAA